AUGACCCCAUCUUCCAUCGCCGAGACCUCAGACAGCCUUCUCAUUUCCCCCGGUGACAUCAAUGACAUCUUUCGUCGGCUUCACGUCCACAGCAAACACAAAAAAUGUAUGUUUCUGGCCAACUUUAUCGAAACCGCAACAUUGGCCAUUCGAGAGGAGGUUCAAUCAUUGCCGGCCAAGUUGAGAAUCUUAUUCCCCCCAUUCGAGACGGUAUUUUGCCUUGCGGAAAAUGCCGACCUACGCAGUGGUCCUCUUGGCGACUGUGUGAAUGGAAUGCUCAUUUGUGUUGUUCAACUUGCAACCUUUAUCGGAUACUACGAAUGCAGUAGUGAGAGCUUCUUCUGGUCUCAGGAUGCAAACAUAUGUACAGCUGGUCUGGGGACAGGUCUUUUGUCCGCUGCCGCCGUCUCGAUCUCCCACACACUGGCAGACUUGCCACUUGCUGGAUCCGAGGCUGUACGUCUAGCAUUGAGACUUGGCGUAUUUGUCCACCAGAUAUCUCAGUGCCUACAUUCGUGCACCGGCGCUCAUGCUAGUGACAGUUGGGCGUACUUUAUUCCUGGAGUUUCCCACGAAGAAGUGCAGAACGAGCUUGAUUCGAUACAAGCAGUGGAGGCCUUUCCAAUCUGGAACAAGGUAUUUAUCAGUGGCUGGGGUCGAGAAUCAGUGACUGUCAGUGGACCACCCGCACGACUGAAGCACAUUUUCCUGAGAUCCGACUUCCUACGCGACCGCAGGUUCAUUACUCUCCCAGUCUAUGGAGGCCUAUGCCACGCAAUUCAUAUUUACAGGAAGGAACAUGUGGAUCAGAUUCUUCAAUCCAAGACAAUCAAACGACUGGAUUCGAGGCUCAUGUUGCGUGCUUGCUUGUAUUCACCCAGCACUGGAAACCCAUUUCCAGCGACAAGUCCUAGUGAGAUUUUUCACAACGCGGUCGAGGAAUUGUUGACCCAGCCCAUCCAAUGGGACGAAGCUAUUCAGAAAAUUACAGAACGAGCAAAAGAUUCCAGAGUGCCUGAGUGUGAGGUGCUGAUCGCGGGUCUAUCUUUACCAGCUCGUGACCUGGUGGAAGUGCUGAACCUGGAGUCAAAUAGACUCCGGACUAGCACAAAAGACUUCCUGAAAUGGGUUUACAAGAUAGAAAACUCAUCAGAGCGCCCAAGAGGUGCUCAACAAGCAAAGCUCGCCAUCGUGGGCAUGUCCUGUCGUAUGCCCGGAGGUGGGAGUUCCACCGACAAGUUCUGGGAUAUUCUAAAUGAGGGGCUUGAUGUACAUGAAAAGAUACCCGCUGAUCGGUUUGAUGUUGAAACACAUUGCGAUCCCUCUGGGAAGCGUGCAAAUUCCAGCCAUACACCGUACGGCUGCUUUGUCCAUGAACCCGGCCAAUUUGAUGCUCAUUUUUUCAACAUGUCGCCUCGCGAGGCUGUACAAACAGACCCGAUGCAAAGAUUGGCACUUGUUACAGCCUAUGAAGCUUUGGAGAGAGCGGGAUAUGUUGCAAACCGCACGGCAUCAACAGACCUACAUCGCAUUGGUACCUUCUACGGUCAGGCUAGUGACGAUUACCGUGAAGUCAAUACAAGUCAGGAAAUAGACACCUAUUUCAUUACUGGGGGCUGCCGCGCCUUCGGUCCAGGUCGUAUCAACUACUUUUUCAAAUUCUCGGGGCCCAGCUACAGCGUCGAUACAGCAUGCUCGUCGGGACUGGCUGCAAUAAAUGUUAGUGGCACAAUUCUGGUUGCUUGUAAUUCCCUUUGGAACCGAGACACGGAUAUGGCAGUGGCAGGGGGGAUGAAUGUGUUAACAAACCCCGACGCGUUCGCUGGAUUGAGCAGCGGUCACUUCCUGUCGAAGACACCAAAUGCAUGUAAAACAUGGGACUGUGAAGCAGACGGCUACUGUCGAGCUGAUGGCGUUGCGUCACUUGUCAUAAAACGCCUGGAAGAUGCCCAAGCCGACAACGAUAACAUUCUAGGGGUAAUUCUGGCGGCUGGAACAAAUCACUCGGCGGAGGCAAUCUCCAUCACGCAUCCUCACUCAGGUCAUCAAUCUUACCUCACGCGGCAGAUUUUCUCCCAAGCUGGGGUUGAUCCCUUGGAUGUCAGCUAUGUGGAAAUGCACGGAACUGGGACUCAAGCUGGUGAUGCUCAAGAAAUCAAGUCUGUCACCGAUGUCUUUGCUCCGCUAACAAAUACAAAACGCCGCAGCUCUAAAAAUCCACUAUAUAUAGGUGCAGUCAAAGCAAAUGUUGGUCACGGUGAAGCCGUUGCUGGUACGACAGCGCUGCUUAAGGUGUUGCUCAUGUUUGACAAAGAGAUUAUUCCACCACAUGUUGGCAUCAAGACUGCUAUCAAUCCAGCCUUUCCGAAAGACAUGAAUGAGAGGAAUAUAUACAUACCGUAUCGGAGGAUCCCUUGGGCGAGGAGCUCGAAUAGGAAGCGUGUCGCUGUGGUGAACAACUUCAGUGCUGCGGGAGGAAACACGAGCAUUGUCAUUGAAGAGCCACCAGUGCCGAACACACCUUGCAAUGCAGAUCCUCGUUCCAGCCAUGUCAUUACUGUAUCUGCUAAGAGCAAGUCUUCAUUGAAGAACAAUAUUCAGCGCCUCAUUGCCUAUAUGGAAACAAACCCGGACAUUUCGCUAUCACGCUUGGCUUAUACAACCACCGCUCGACGCCACCAUCACAAUCACCGUAUAGCUGUGCCAACAUCAGAUACAAGAGAUCUGAUAAGGCAGUUGAAGAAUUGUCUCCAGUCAGCGGGAUCUCAUCAAGCAAUCUCCUCAUCUGGACCGACGUCAGUGAUCUUUGCCUUCACAGGGCAAGGAGCAUCGCACCUAUCUAGCAAUCUCGAACUUUUCCGAGACUCUCCUUAUUUUCAAUUCCAGAUCUUGGUUUUGGAUGAAGUAUGCCAGGCUCAAGGAUUUCCAUCCAUUGUUUCUGUCAUUGAUGGGAGUUGCUCUGAGAGCCACUCGCACUCGCCUACAGCCACACAACUUGCACUCGUUUGUGUUGAAAUUGCCUUGAUCAAAUAUUGGGAGUCACUAGGUAUUAAACCAAAUGUUGUCGUUGGUCACAGCCUGGGAGAGUAUGCGGCUUUGCAUGCAGCUGGUGUGCUUUCUGUCAAUGACGCUAUCUUCCUUGUGGGCCAGCGUGCUAGGCUUCUUGAAAAGACAUGUCAAUCUGGAAGUCACAAAAUGUUAGCAGUCAGAGCAUCACUCGAGGAAGUCAUUUUCAGAGCAAAUGGAAUACCAUUCGAGAUAGCCUGCCUCAAUGGACCAAAAGACACAGUUCUGAGUGGGACAGUUGGCGAAAUUGAGGCUCUGGUGACAGAGCUCGAGAGUUCUGGAGUCAAGUGUUUCCGACUGGGUGUGGAAUUUUCCUUCCACUCAAAACAAAUGGAUCCUGUUCUUGAUGAACUAGAAGCCAUCGCUAGGGCAGGCGUCAUCUUUCAUCCCCCAAAUCUACCUAUCAUCUCUCCUCUGCUCGGAAAAGUCAUAUUUGACGAAAGAACAAUCAAUGCCAACUAUAUCCGCCGAUCGACGAGAGAGACAGUUAACUUCAUGGGCGCCGUAGAGACGGCAAUCCGCAUCUCAACAGUGGAUGAAACAAUGGCAUGGAUUGAACUAGGCCCACACCCUGUCUGUAUUCGAUUUGCACAAUCAAUCAUGUCCCCGAUGGGUGUUGCAGCGUCAUCGUUCCAUCGAGAUGAGAAUAACUGGCACACCCUGUCGCGGAGCUUGGCCCUUCUUCACUGCGUUGGUGUCGAAGUUAAUUGGAACGAGUUCCACCGGCCCUUCGAAAAGGACUUGCGGCUGUUGGACCUGCCGACUUAUGCUUGGAAUGAGAAGAACCAUUGGAUACAAUACACUGGCAACUGGGGUCUCACUAAAGGCAACAUUCCAUGCGACUUCAAAAAGAUGACAUUGUCAAGGACGAGUUCUGAAACUCCUGCACGUCUUGCGCCUAUCUCUAGGCUGCGAACAUCUUUGGUUCAUAAAGUCGUUGAAGAGAAAUUUUCAGGGUCCGCUGGCCGAGUCGUUGUCCAGUCUGAUCUGAUGGAACAAGAAUUCCAAGCUGCAGCAUGGGGACACAAGAUGAAUGGAGUCGGUGUGGUGACAUCGUCCAUACAUGCGGAUAUUGCAUGGACUCUUGGGAAGCAUCUGCUAGAGAAACUUGGUCAAAAGACUGACAAGAGUGUCUCCGACAUAGAGAUAUCUGAUCUCGUCGUACACAAAGGCUUAGUGGCACAAACAGAAACCGACACCUCGCAACUGAUUCAGAUCUCUAUCAGUACAUCUGACAUUCACUCUGAACCAGCAUUCCUUGAGAUACACAAUGUGGUUGAUAACGGGGAUUCUCUGGCAAGCGGAGAUCCGAUCAUGACAGCCCAGAUUGUCUAUGGAAACGCAAAGACCUGGCUCACCAAUUGGGUUCCAUUUUUCCAUUUUGUUCACAAUCGGAUUGAGACGUUAUCACAAAUGGCAGAUGAAGGUCUCGCAAACAGACUUUCGCAUAACAUGGUAUACACGCUUUUCGCCGAUAAACUGGUGGAUUAUGCAGAAAAGUAUCGCGGCAUGCGCUCGGUCGUGCUCCACGAAUUGGAGGCUUUCGCCGAUGUUACUAUCAAGUCAACUGAUAUGAGUGGCACAUGGACUGUUCCUCCUUCUUUCAUUGAUAGCGUGUGUCAUCUUGCUGGCUUCGUGAUGAAUGUUUCAGAUGUCAUGGACACGAAGAACAACUUCUGUGUCACUCCCGGCUGGAGAUCCCUUCGCAUGGCCCGUCGCCUGGUUGCCGGAACCAAUUAUCGAUCCUAUGUGAAGAUGAUUCCUACUGCAGAGGACCCAUCAAUAUAUCUAGGUGAUGUCUAUGUGUUGCAAGGUGACGAGAUUGCGGGUGUUAUGCAAGGCAUGAAGUUCCGUCGGUACCCUCGCAUACUACUCAAUCGCUUCUUUUCCUCUUCCGAUAUAGAAUCUUACUCUUCGGAUAACUCAAAUGCUAAAAACACCAACAAUCCUGCUCACCCAGGGCUUGAGCCUUCCCCUGAGUCUUGCGCAGAAAUACCAAGACCAACCCGCUUGCAAUCAGCCGCAGAAUACCAUGUGAAAAGCGGCUCAAUGGCUGAUUCGGCGAUUUCAUGGUCUUCUGAGCCCGAGUCUGGUUUCUCAGUGGCUAAAUCUUCUUCAAGUUCUGUUGUCAGCAAGACCAUGGCGCUCAUUGCUCAUGAAGCCGCCAUGGAGCUGUCUGACUUGACAGAUGAUUCCACUUUUGCUAGUCUCGGUGUCGAUAGCUUGAUGAGCUUGGUUAUUGCGGAAAGACUUCAAGAGGAACUGGGAAUCUCUGUAAGAAGCAGUUUGUUUUUAGAAUAUCCAACUGUUGGGGAUUUACGAACUUGGUUGGUCGAUUAUUAUGGUUGA